AUGUACUUUGAUCUUGAUUCUUUUCAGACUAUGAGAAGACAGAGAAAUGAAGUUGUUGUGGAACUGAGAAAGAACAAAAGAGAUGAGCAUCUUCUAAAGAGGAGAAAUGUUCCUCAUGAAGAUAUCUGUGAAGAUUCUGAUAUCGAUGGUGACUUUAGAGUGCAAAACACUUCUUUGGAGGCAAUAGUACAGAAUGCUUCAAGUGACAACCAGGGUAUACAGUUAAGUGCUGUGCAGGCUGCAAGGAAGCUGCUUUCCAGUGAUCGCAAUCCGCCAAUUGACGAUCUAAUAAAAUCAGGAAUAUUACCUAUUUUAGUGCACUGUCUUGAAAGAGAUGACAAUCCUUCUUUACAGUUUGAAGCUGCGUGGGCUUUGACAAACAUCGCCUCUGGAACCUCUGAACAAACACAGGCUGUAGUUCAAUCUAAUGCUGUGCCACUUUUUCUGAGACUGCUGCAUUCACCUCAUCAAAAUGUUUGUGAGCAAGCUGUGUGGGCUUUAGGAAAUAUCAUAGGUGAUGGACCCCAGUGUAGAGAUUACGUUAUUAGUCUUGGAGUAGUGAAACCACUGCUGUCCUUCAUCAGCCCAUCUAUUCCCAUAACAUUCUUAAGAAAUGUUACUUGGGUCAUGGUCAACUUAUGCCGUCACAAAGAUCCUCCUCCGCCGAUGGAAACCAUUCAGGAGAUCCUUCCAGCGCUCUGUGUUUUAAUUCACCACACAGAUGUAAAUAUAUUGGUAGAUACAGUCUGGGCACUCUCAUAUCUAACGGAUGCUGGCAAUGAACAGAUCCAGAUGGUGAUAGACUCCGGAAUAGUCCCUCAUUUGGUUCCUCUUCUCAGUCAUCAAGAAGUUAAAGUGCAGACUGCUGCACUGAGAGCCGUAGGAAACAUUGUCACUGGUACCGAUGAACAGACACAGGUAGUUCUGAAUUGUGAAGCUCUUUCACAUUUUCCAGCACUUCUGACACAUCCCAAAGAAAAAAUUAAUAAGGAAGCAGUGUGGUUCCUGUCUAACAUCACUGCAGGAAAUCAGCAGCAAGUUCAGGCAGUAAUAGACGCAAACCUUGUUCCAAUGAUAAUACAUCUUCUAGAUAAGGGUGACUUUGGUACUCAGAAAGAAGCUGCUUGGGCAAUAAGCAACUUAACGAUCAGCGGAAGAAAAGACCAAGUGGCAUACUUAAUUCAACAAAAUGUAAUACCUCCCUUUUGCAAUUUGCUGACAGUAAAAGAUGCACAAGUUGUGCAAGUGGUUCUGGAUGGACUAAGUAAUAUAUUAAAAAUGGCUGAAGAUGAAGCAGAAACCAUAGCCAAUCUUAUAGAAGAGUGUGGAGGUCUGGAGAAAAUUGAACAACUACAAAACCAUGAAAAUGAAGACAUCUACAAACUGGCUUAUGAGAUCAUUGAUCAAUUCUUCUCUUCAGAUGAUAUUGAUGAAGAUCCUAGCCUUGUUCCAGAAGCAAUACCAGGCGGAACAUUUGGUUUCAAUUCAUCUGCCAAUGUACCAGCAGAAGGGUUCCAGUUUUAGAGUGGUAUUUUGGAAGUUAGGUACAAUGCAGCACU